CUCACAAUCCAGCCUCCUACCUAGUGGCUGGCCCAGAAGUCGAUCGAUCGAUCGUGACGGCGACGGCGCGAGCCACGACCAUGGCCAGGACGAUGACGAUGAGGGUUUCUUCGCUCCUUGUCGCCGUGGUCCUCCUCGCCGCGCUCUCGUUCCAGGCGUGCAGCGGCCAUGGCGGCAUCAACGACGGCGACGGGCAGGUCGACGCCCCGGCAACGCCUGCGUCGUCGUCCGGCGUGCGGUCCAAGGGGCUGAUCGCCGUGAAGGUGUGGUGCCUGGUGAUCCUGCUGGUGUUCACCUUCGCCGGCGGCGUCUCCCCCUACUUCUACCGGUGGAACGAGAGCUUCCUCCUCCUCGGCACCCAGUUCGCCGCCGGCGUCUUCCUCGGCACCGCGCUGAUGCACUUCCUCGCCGACUCCACCUCCACCUUCAAGGGCCUCACUACCAACCAGUACCCGUUCUCCUUCAUGCUCACCUGCGUCGGCUUCCUGCUCACCAUGCUCAGCGACCUCGUCAUCGCCGCCGUCGCGCGGAGGAGCGCCGCCGCCGGCGUUAGCGACAACCAGGUCAGUGAGCAGCAGCAGCGGCAGCAAGCCGAGGGGGCGGUGAUGAGCCGCAAGGAGGAGGAGGCGGCGGCGGUGGCGCACCCGGCGAUGCUGGUGAGGACAUCGUCGUUCGAGGACGCCGUGCUGCUCAUCGUCGCGCUCUGUUUCCACUCCGUCUUUGAAGGGAUCGCCAUUGGUGUCUCAGCGAGCAAGAGCGAGGCGUGGAGGAACCUGUGGACGAUCGGGCUGCACAAGAUAUUCGCGGCGGUGGCGAUGGGAAUCGCGCUGCUCCGGAUGAUCCCCAAGCGCCCCUUCCUCAUGACCGUCGUCUACUCCCUCGCCUUCGCCGUCUCCAGCCCCGUCGGCGUCGGCAUCGGCAUCGCCAUCGACGCCACCUCCCAGGGCCGCGCCGCCGACUGGACCUACGCCAUCUCCAUGGGCCUCGCCACCGGCGUCUUCAUCUACGUCGCCAUCAACCACCUCAUCGCCAAGGGCUACCGCCCCCACCACCCCACCGCCGCCGACAAGCCGCUCUUCAAGUUCCUCGCCGUCCUCCUCGGCGUCGCCGUCAUGGCUGUCGUCAUGAUCUGGGACUGAUCCAUCCAUCCUAGUAUUACACUGCUUCAUUUCUUCAAUUCCUGCGCCCAUGUAUGUAUGCUUAAUUUGGCUUGUUUAAUUAACUGUAUGUACACAUGCUGCAUGCAUGUUCGAUUUCUAUCACCCCAUUCAUUAAUCGUGGCCGAAACAGUUCAUGUCCACUAAUGAUUGCUGUAUCUAUCUACAUAUAUCAAACCGUGAAUAAAAGUUGUUAUAAAACGUACUGUUGGUUUCGUUGGA